UCUCGCGUUCUCCUUGCGUUCGGGUCGGUCGAGUUUUGCAAAAAGUCGUCUCUUCGGGCUCUCGGAGGAUUCGCCAUCGUCGGUCGGGCGUCAAAACAGGGAGAAAAACGGAUAAUUUUCUGGCUUUUCCACCGAGAAAAGUGAAAAUGAAAGUUGAGCGGCGGGCGUGAGUGCAUCGGGACUGUGAAGUGCGUGUCGGGAAUCGUUUCCGGUCCAGUUCCCGGGGGGUGCGAGUGGAUUGUGAAAAAUUUUUGAUCGGCUGAAGAAAAUUUGGCACUAGGGUGACGUCGCCGACUGUCGUCACAGCGCACACCGUCGACCGUCGUAGUGAGAAAGAAGUGUAGAAACAGAAUCAGGUGGACUGGUGUUGGUUGUAUGCGGGUUGUUAGCUUUGGGGGAAUUUUGGCUGGCUGUGGCUGGUGAUUGAUAACAAUACGAACAGAGCGCAGAUUAGGUCAAUCGCGAGUAUUGUAUUGCUCGAUUGGGUGAAGAAAGUGUCAUUUUGCACGAACCGAUGCUUGCGUGGAGUUUUCGUUGAGAGGGUGGAAUACAAGGGGUGGUAUUCUAGUGUCGCGAAAAAGAAACGAAUUUCCUAUAGGGAGUUACGAUGGUGCGAAUCCGGAGGAAGUUUGUGCUAAUUAUGUCCGGUGUGACGAUGUUUGCCUUCUUGCUGCUGUACGUCAUUCUGAAUCACUCGAUUCAGGCAGAGAAACCGCAGAACAGCUUCAUGAUGCUGGAGGAUAAAAUCAAAGAGCUGGAAUCCGGCCUGAACAAGCACCGGCGGGAGUUCGGAGCGAUGAAGCAGCAGUUCGAUACGAUCCGAUCGAACGGGCACCGGUCGAACUCGAUCGACGGGGGAGACGAAUACGGGGAGGAAUCCCGGCUGGACAAGGUUCCGGCGGUGGCAGCCCCCCACCUGGGAAACCGCGAAAUGAUCAAAGACUCGGUAAUCAGUCCCAAUCGGGACACCGGAGGCACUUGCUCCCUUCGAACGGAUAUCAUUCCCCAGCCGGACAUACAGAUGAUGGAUCUGUACGAGAAGGUUCCGUUCGAUAACAUUGACGGGGGACCGUGGAAGCAAGGCUGGAAGGUGACUUAUGAUGAGAAGCAGUGGAAUCAGCACCACAAGCUGAAGGUCUUUGUGGUGCCACAUUCGCACAACGAUCCCGGAUGGAUUUAUACUUUUGAGGAGUAUUACGAGCGGCAGACGAAGGGAAUCUUUGCGAAUAUGUUGAGGCACCUGGAGGAGAAUCCGGGGAUGAAGUUUAUCUGGGCGGAGGUCAGUUACUUCGCUCGGUGGUACGAUAAGCUGGCCGGGGAGCAGAAGGAUAUUGUGAAGAAAUUACUCAAAAACCACCAGCUGGAAUUCGUGACCGGCGGUUGGGUCAUGCCGGACGAAGCCAACUCGCACUGGUACUCGGUGCUGCUCCAGCUGACCGAGGGUCAAACGUGGCUCAAAACUCGCCUGAACGUCACCCCGACCUCGUCCUGGGCUAUCGAUCCGUUCGGCCACUCGGCCGCCAUGCCCUACAUCCUGAAAAAGUCCGGAUUCGACAAUCUGCUGAUCCAGCGGACUCACUACAUCGUGAAGAAGAACCUGGCCCUCAAGAAACAGCUCGAGUUCCGCUGGCGUCAGCUGUGGGACACCACCGGCGAAACCGAUCUCCUGACGCACAUGAUGCCCUUCUACUCGUACGACAUUCCGCACACCUGCGGUCCCGACCCGAAAGUGUGCUGCCAGUUCGACUUCAAGCGUCUGCCGCACUUUGGCGUGUACUGUCCGUGGCGGGUACCGCCGCAACCCAUUACCGAUGACAACGUGGCCGCACGGGCCAAACUGAUUGUGGACCAGUGGCGUAAAAAGUCGGUUCUGUACAAAACCCGGAACGUGUUGAUUCCCCUCGGGGAUGACUUCCGGUACACCCAGAGCAAGGAGUGGGAAGCCCAGCGGGUCAAUUUCGAAAAGCUGUUCGAGUACAUCAACAACGACCCUUCGCUGAACGUCGAGGCCAAGUUCGGAACGCUUCAGGACUACUUCGAUGCCAUUCGGUCGUCCAACAAGCCGGAGGACUUCCCGUCGCUUAGUGGGGACUUCUUUACCUAUGCGGAUGUGAAUGAGGACUACUGGAGCGGGUAUUAUACUUCGCGGCCGUACCACAAACGGCAGGAUCGCAUCCUGAUGAACUACGUUCGCUCGGCAGAGAUGCUGUACGCGUGGAACCUGUGGGAUGCUAAGGAUUGGCAAUCGCUGGAGGAUAAGAUGGAGUACGCGCGGCAGCAGUUGUCGCUGUUUCAGCAUCAUGACGGGAUCACGGGAACGGCGGAAAACCACGUGGUGGUGGAUUACGCCACGCGAAUGGCCACGGCGAUCGAGAACUGCAAGUUUGUGAUGCAGCAGGCGGUUUAUAGACUUCUGACGAAACCAACGGUUUACCAAGCGGACCCGACCUUCGCCUACUUAAGUAUCGACGAUUCGCGAACCGUGGACGGCGCGGACACCUUCCGUCCGACAAUCAUCAUCGGCGAUGAGCUUCCGAUCAAACAGGUGGUAGUUCAUAACUCGCUCCCUUAUCAGCGCACUGAACUGGUCGAGGUCUACAUAGGAAAACCGUUCGUAACGGUGCAGGAUGCCCGCACCGGACAACCCGUCCCGGCGCAGGUCGCUCCGGUGUGGUCGUGGCACACAAGACCCGACGGAACCAGCACCCCGCAGGCAUCCACCACCAAGUUCCGGUUGCUGUUCAAGGCGUCCGUUCCGCCGUUGGGCCUGGUUGUGUACACUAUCAAUUCUCGGAACCGGGCGGACGAGAGCACCGGAGUCACGUUCGCCAAGAUCACCGUCUUAUCGGCGCCGUUCACUAUCAAUCUAAACAAGUACCCGGAAGUUCCGGAGUUUGGCGAACCGCGGAAGAUCUCGCUCAAGGUCGGGGACGCCGGUGCCGGCGCGUCCUUCAACGCCAACGGUCUGCUGAAGUCGAUUUCGAUCGAUGCCAUUACGGUUCCGGUCCAUCUGGACUUCCUCAAGUACGGAAUGCGAUUUACCUCCGGGAAGAGCGGGGCUUAUCUGUUCCACCCGGAUGGACCAGCCACGACGCUGAGGUUAGGCGAACCGGUGGUGCUGGUGGUCAAGGGACCGCUGGAGUCCAGUAUUACCAGCGGGCUGCCGUUUACCACGCACCAGACGGUUCUAAGGGAGGAUGGUGCUGUGGAGAUCCGGAAUCUGGUGGACAUUGGCGACCGGGAGAAUACGGAGAUCGUGAUGCGGGUGUCGACGAACAUCGAGAGCGGCGAGUACUACUAUACGGAUCUGAACGGGAUGCAGAUGAUCAAGAGGAAGCGAUGGGACAAGUUGCCCCUGCAGGCCAACUACUAUCCGGUGCCGUCGGCGAUGUACAUCCAGGACGACAGCUGGCGAUUGACGAUUUUGAGCGCGCAGCCCCUUGGAGGCGCGUCGCUGAAGGCGGGAGAGAUGGAAAUCAUGCAGGACCGACGACUCUCGCAGGACGAUGAUCGGGGCCUUGGCCACGGAGUUCUCGACAACCUUCCGGUACUGCAUCUCUUCCGGCUUGUGCUGGAAAGCCGCGAACCAUGCACCAAGCUAGAUCCUGGCUAUCCGGCCGGAUUCCUGACCCCGGCAGCCCACGGUGAACUGCGCACCCUGCUGCACCCCCUGGAAAAGCUGAUCUUCAACGAGAACGAAUGGACGGGCCUGCUGCCGAGCUUCGGCGCCAACCAUGAACCCCUGGAAAAGGGCAUGGAGGUGGUGGCCAUGCGGAGCCUUCCGCAUGUCCGCGUCGGGAAGGAUAAACGGCCCGGGAUUGGGCUGGUGGUGCAUCGGACCAACUUCGAGGACUGCGGUUCGGAAGCUAGCGGAGAGGGAAAUCUGAACGUCAAAAAACUCCUCGAUCUGGACGACGGCCACGAGAUCUACGGUUCGGCACUGACGCUGCUCCGCAAGCAGGAACCGGUUCCGUCGGACGACAUCAGUCUCUGUCCGAUGGACACCAAGGCCUUCAUCAUUCAGCGGUAAAAUGGGUGAAGCGUCAAGUAAGUCAUGCACGCGCUUUCGCCGUUGCCGAGGGAGGGAAAGAAACUAAUUUAUUGACUUUCGCGUGUUGAUAUUUUACCUGACGAUCAUCGAUCGAACGAUCGAGUGAUUGAAAUGAGUGUACGUGAGUGAGAUCGAGUGCAGGGGAGUGUGAAUGCUGAUUGAUUGUGGUUAGGAUUGAAUGCUAGUUCAAUGGAAUGACGCAUUGUAUCUCCAGCAUAUUUAUUUCAAACUACAAUAUUGUCAUCGACUUCGGUAAAAAGUUUCGGAGAAAAAUAGGAACGGUGUUAUUUACCGAGCUUCGGUAAAACCUUGAUAAAGUUUAGUAAUAAUUGGCAUCUAAGAUUGGUGAACUUUAAUUGAAUUUAAAAUUUUUACCGAUGCUCGGUAGAUUUGUCAAGCACGUUUCGCCGAAAUUCUACCACCGAAGCUGAUCGGUUAAAAAUUCCAUUCAAAACACCACAGUAAACAUAAAUCAAAUACAAAGGAUGAGGACGCUACUGGAACCAGUGAAAACGGGAGUGCAAUUGGGUUGGAAGAAAUGGAUUUCUAAAAAGGGCAUUUGACGCCCAAAUUAUGGAACGGGUUUAUUUUCGGGGUAGGACAGUCAACUGCGCUAGGAACACUGCACUGACUGCAAUGGGCGGGCAGUUCUACUACAUUGUGUGUAGGUAUUAUAUCUUGUAAAGUUUUUAUAGGUGAUAAGUAUAACGGUAAUUUCCUUCACAAACAAAACACACAGAGAUGCAUUAAAAAUGGGCACAUUAAACUUAAACGAUAGGAUUGUGCGUAUCGAUUGGAAACACUGAGAA